AGACCGGUGCCCAAUUCCCAACUGGAAAUUUUUGUCCAAUCUAGAACUUUCUCUUUGUCUCUUGUUUCACACUCAAAGACCCUUCACCCAAACAUUCCUUUCUCUUUAAGAAAACCCAAAACCCCCUUCUCUCAUUCACACCAGUUUUCUUCCUUUUUUUUUUUUUAUUUUUUAAAUUGACUUUUACUGAUUUUACUUUAGUUUUCAUUUGUGCAAGUUUGGCUGGUGUUCUUUAUCUUCUAACGCUGGAAGACGCACCGGAUUCAUAGCUUUGGUCAGGAAAUGAGCUUUGUGGGUCAUAUACCCUGUUUACAUUCAUUUUUAUUUCAAGCAAAUUAAGAAGAAUGAGUUUCGGCGACAUGCAGAACCAGCCCGAACUCAUGAUCACCAUGACCAAAUCCAUUCGCUCGUUUCUUCUCUCAGCGUCAAAUGAUCCAUGCCUUUCUCAAGAGUUUCGACAACUCGCUCUCACUCUUUCCUCACGAACCAAUGCACCGUACAAGCUGAUCCAAAGUAUAUGGAUCAGGUCAGAUAUUGACACAAGACCCAGAUUGAUUUCCUUGUUCUCCGGUUCUGAUUUUGUUUUUAUCAGCCCUAAACCGAGAGAGAAGAGCGAAGAAUUGAAGGAAAGAUUAAGGAAGCUUAAAGAAAUAGCAGAGAGGAAAGAGUAUGAAUACCUUGUUAAAGAUAUCACGCCGAAGAAGGAUUUGAAUGAACCUUUCUCUAAUUAUAAGGAUCAGCUUGGCUUUGGUUUACAUGUCGCACUGAUGAUGUUUACUGGGUAUUUGGGCGGAUAUUUUGCAUUCAGAGCAUUGUUUAACCACAAUUCUACCAUGAAUGCUGCUGGAGGUAUUCUAGGAUUGGUUCUUGGUAUGCUGCUUGAAACACUUUUAUUCAUUGUUAGGACUUCGAAUCCUGACUUUAAUUCAUCAUCCUCAACUUCGAGAUUGAAGAAAAAUCAAUAGAGUAGUAUGAAAAGAUUCUGCAAGUACAAGCAAAACUUCCUUUAGAGUUAUUUGCAAUUGCCAUUCGCAUGGAUUACCAUUGGAGGUUGUAUAAUUGGAUAAUUUGUGCUUCGCAACAACUUGAGCUUGGUGUAGACGAUUGAAAUUGUGCCUUUAUAAUUUCGACUCUAAAGACAAAAGGUAUAAUAUUCUUUAUACCAUGCACGUAGCAAUAACUCUCCUUUUGUGUUAGAUUAAAGUUGGUGAUGUCAUUUUUGGGUUACCUAUCGAUCGAGGCUGAGUUCUAUAUUUUCAUGCAAUUGUACACUGUUGGUUUAUGCUCAUAUAGUGUUCCAUAAAAGGUGGAAAUAAAAUUAUUGAAGCUCUUAUGGAACUUGGCAUUGCACCAAAGUUUGAGUUUGUGGGUUGUUAUCUGUUUGCUAAUUGGAUUCAAGGAUUAUGGAACUGUAGAAGCAAAUUUGUGCAUGCUUUUGGCAUAUGAAUAUGAACAUGGCAGGACCAAAUGAAAGAACCCACGUGGUUUUUCAGUAAGGGCGUUGCUAAUGAUCACUUCUUCCUGCCCCUAAUAUC